AGAGAGAGAGAGAGAGAGAGAGAGAGAGAGAGAGAGAGAGAGAGAGAGAGAGAGAGAGACAGAGACAGAGACAGAGACAGAGACCGAGACUAGAGGCCACUCAAAGAGUGGGGGAAUUUAUCCUUGGUAUUUUAAGGGGGUGUUUUAAAUAUAUAUUUUCCCUCUGUUUGUAUCCCCUCUAUUACAAGUGAUACAUCCACAGGCUCUGGAUCUGGACACUGGGCAGCCCAGACACAACAUCCACAGCAUAACAAAGGAGGACUAAGGAAAUUUACAGUCUAGCUCAAUGUCUCUGUUAUGGAUAGUGAUACUACCAGUAACAGCCUUUGCAUUUCAUGUGGAGCUAAAACCAAAGAGUGCAUUUUUCAGAGUUGGUGAUAGGCAGGAGCUGCGAUGUUCGGUGAAGGAUUGUAACGAAAAGGUUACUAUGUCCUGGGCUUUGCUGGGGGAUAAGCCCAUGUUUGCUAAAAUACACACCUCAGGAUCGGAAUCCGUGGCGGCCUUUGACCCUGUGAUGACAGUACAUGAUGACAUACUUCUCUGCAAAGUCAGUUGCGGAGCAUUGACCAAACAACAGCGUGUGGUUGUCAAAGUGUACUCAUUUCCAGACGCACCUGUCAUAUCAGGCUACGACCAUCUUCUCUUGGGCCAGUCCAACACUCUGACAUGUGAGGUGAUAGAUGCUUAUCCCGUGGAGCACCUGCGACUUGAGUGGCUGCGAGGAGACAGCAUGCUCCAGACAGACGCAGAGUCCGUUGUAUCUACCUACAGGUUCACGCCCACCCCAGAGGACAAAGAGACAAGCAUCACAUGCAGAGCCUCUCACGAUCAGGAUGGUGUGCCUGAUGAAGAGAAGACCAAGGAAACCACCGUAUCUCUCACAGUGCUUUAUGCGCCACAGAAUAUAUCAAUAUCUGAGCCGACUGCUGUGAGAGUUGGCUCCAGUCUCAUGUUGUCAUGCCAUGCUGAAGGGAACCCCAGACCAGAUACACAGUGGAAGGCCAUUGGUCCAGAUGGACAGGCUGUUAUUGUGGGGCAGAGCGAGGAGCUUGUCCUUACAGAGAUGACACUGGUGGAUGCUGGUCAAUAUGAGUGUGUGGUGAGCAACACCAUUGGAAACAUCACAGCCAGCGUGAACGUCAUUGUUCAAGCUCCCCCAACCAACACUACCAUCACAGUGAGCCCAGCCAGUGAGGUGAAGGAAGGGGAGAGUGUGACGGUGUCCUGCCUGUCGGACGGAGCUCCGGUGGUACGUAUGGUGCUGAGGAGACUCUCUGAGGACCAGGAUGUAGAACUCCAGUCCAGCAACGGAUUCUCCACCUCCUUCACCCUCUCCUCUGCCCUGCUAGCAGACUCUGCUCUCUACCAGUGCCAGGCCUUCAAUGAGCACGGCAGUCAGAAGGUCAGCGCCUUGCUCUCUGUUGAAGAGUAUCCCCUGGAGGUGGCGAUGGAUGUGGGGGUGACGGCUGAGAUGGGAUCCAACCUGGUGCUCUCCUGCCGGGCUUGGGGCUGUCCCCAGCCUGCCUUCUACUGGAGCAGCAUGCUGGACAUGUCCGUCCAUAGCCGUGCACACACCCAGGACUCCCUCUCCCAGCUCUACCUGGGCCCACUUGGGCUGAUCAACGAGCAAGCCUACACCUGUGAGGCCAAGUGUGGCUCUGUCAUCAAGGCCAAGCACGCUGAGGUCAAGGUCUUCUCUUUCCCCUCGGACCCUAUCAUCGAGAACACUGGCCCCUUUCUGGAACACGGAGUUGGCAUCUUUUUUUGUUCGGUAGCCAACGUCUACCCAGCCAGUCUCCUGCAGAUCCAGUGGCUUGAUGGGGAAAUCGAGCUAGCCUCCGAGAUGGGACAGUAUUCCAGUGAACUCCAGAAUGUGACGUCAACGCUUUCUUUCUCGAUUGGACCGGAGGACCAGGGCAGACAGAUCACCUGCAGAGUCAGUCUUCAGAUGGAUGAAGUCCCUCAGAGUGGGAGAGAGAGGCAGGCAGUGACUGUACUGGAGCUCCACUAUGCCCCCAGGGGAACCACCAUCACAGUGAGCCCAGCCAAUGAGGUGAAGGAAGGGGAGAGCGUGGCGGUGUCCUGCCUGUCGGACGGAGUUCCGGUGGGACAUAUGGUGCUGAGGAGACUCUCUGAGGACCAGGAUAUAGAACUCCAGUCCAGCAACAGAUUCUCCACCUCCUUCACCCUCUCCUCUGCCCUGCUAGCAGACUCUGCUCUCUACCGGUGCGAGGCCUUCAAUGAGCUCGGCAGCCAGCGAGCUAGCACAUACAUUACAGUCAAAGCACCUCCUAGGAACACAACAGUCCUGAUAUAUCCAUCUGCUGAGGUGCAGGAAGGCCAAAAUGUCACCAUCUGCUGUCACUCUGUCAGUUUCCCCCCACCUGCUGUGGUUUUAAGGAAACUGGAUAAUGGCACAGAGCUCUACUCCCCGGAUGGGAACUUCCUGCUGGUUAACCUUACGCCCAAUGAUACAGGCCUAUACCAGGUGAAUGUUACCAAUGACUUGGGUUAUGAGACCGAGAUCUUCAGCAUCAACGUCAUAGAGAAGCACUCCAGUACUUCACCAGACUGGAACCACGUAGUCAUUCCUGCUGUCUGUGUGGGUAUCAUGGUGACCACCACGGGCCUAAUCCUGGACUACCUGAGGAGAGCCAGGAGGAAGGGUUUCUAUGAGCUGGCAAAGUGUAAGCCCAGGUCUGCAUAGACUAGAGGAGUCUAAAACCUGCGGUCCAGAGCCAGAUUGUGGCCCCCACUUGUGCUACCAAAAUAACCAUGUACUGUAUUAGUAUCACAUCGGUGAGUGUUUUGUGGUUCCUCAGGCAAAAUGACUUUUACACUGUGUGCAGAGGCAUACCAAGGGACAGACCUACCUAGUGGAGAUGGAACAGAUGAGAGGUUCGUCCUCUGUCAGGUCUCCGUUGAAGGGCAGAGGACAAGGCCGUAUGACCUUUGGAUGUUACUGGAAGAGGAAAAGAGAAGUACCUUUAAGGAGAUGUGGUCUUCUGGAUGUUUUUCAUUUUUAUUAAACCUAAGCUAGAAGUCAGUCAAAUGUUUAAUAAUCUAACUGUCUGCAACUAACUAUUAUUUGCUCCUUUUUUCACUUCUUGGCAGCUUUCAUUGAACCCAUCGAUGUCUAAGUGUCACAACUAUUGGAUGAAUGCAAUAUGUUACAUGUUUUUAAACAAAAUUAUACCAUUUGUAAUUUACUGUGAUAAAAAGUUGAAAUGUUUAAUGAGUUAAUUACAAUGCAUUUGAAAUGUACAGUUUAAAUUAACUUUGUUAUAUCAGUAUGGGAAGGUGGUUUCCCAACAAUAGGUGAAGUCGCUAUUGUGGUAAUGUAAUAUAGAGAAGCAAGGUAAACUGUAUUUGCCUCAUAGCUUUUUGUGUAUAUAGGGGAAACAGCGCCACUGUCCACCCCCACAGCUGUUGUUCUUGUUUUUGUUUUGUUGACGAAGCAGAGCUGGGGAGUGUCGUAGUAACAAAAAAAUGGUGUUCUUUCGCGCGUGCAAUCAUGUCCGCUGCAAGGAAAAAAACAGUGUUUGUUGUUUGCAUUAACUUAUUUGGUGGAUGUAAUAUCGCAAACGGAUGUGGCAAUUUCACCAUUAAGGAUUCCAGCUUUAAUGUGGAAUCUUAUUAGAAGUGUUUGCAUGGAGUAUUUUUGUCCCACACCAUUUUCUUUAUUGCUGUGGGAUAUUAUAGCCGGUUUGGUACGUGAUUAAUGAAGCUGUUGUUUUUAAAUCAAAGCCUAUAUAGAAUGUAUUUGUUAUGUUUAUGACUGUUCAUACUCCUUUGAAUGUUGUGAAUAUGUUGUGCCCUAUUUUUUGUGAAUUGUGUUUGAAAUGAACAUUUGUAGAGAUGUUCAUUAUUAAAUAUUUAUUU